UCCGAAAUAUCCAAAUGUAGCUAUCGAAUAUUUUGUUUGUCACUAUGUUUCUUUUUUAAUUCUAAUGGCAGAAAUACACAUCUUAGGUCAAUUACAGUGUGCUUAUAACUUUAAUGAACCGUAUUCCUUAUUCUGUCGGUACUCAUUUCAAGCUGGCCCAAAUUGGACUCUUGUAUCUGGAUAUUCUGAGGGUCAAACUUCUUCGGCUAGAGCUGAUCAUAAGAAUUGCGUGGUUUGGAGCCAACCUAUAGAUGUACAUUACGUUAGCAAAGGAAUUCAAGGAUGGCCCAAGAUAAUUUUGCAGGUUUAUUGUCUUGAUUCAAUUGGACGUUCAUGGGUUGUGGGCUACGGCUCCUGUAGUAUACCUGCAGCACCUGGACAGCAUGAUAUACAAGUGCCAUGUUGGGUCCCUGCUGCAACAACUGUAACUGAUAAAUUAAGGCAGAUAUUUAUCGGUGGAACACACCAGCUUACGCAGACGGAUAUUAUUAAUUUAGGCUGUGACAGGUUUAAGUUGAACACUCAAUCAAAAGGAGACAUAGAAUUAAAAGUGUACAUUGUUUUAAGAAAUUUUAACCAGUUUGGUGUUGAAUAUAAGUAAAAAUGAAGCCAAUCACCUAUCUCUGUUUUACACUUAUGUCUUUAAUUAUACAAUUCUGUCUGAUGAAUUUUAUAAAUGGACAAAUAAAAGUUGAUGACAGAGA